AUGCAUUUCAAUUUUUCAUCUUCCCGGCAGGCUUGGAGCUGCAGCAGCAGCCCAGCCAGCUGGCCCCCACGAAACAACGCUUCAGGACUCGUUGAAGCUCAUCACACAAUGCAAGGCGUGCUCUGCGAUUCGCCAGGUGCUAUUCAAUCAGCUGCCGAAGUGAUCCGAUCCGAAGAUGUCGUUGCUUUUCCGACCGAGACGGUUUAUGGCCUAGGUGCUUCGGCACUCUCCUCGACGGCCGUCUCGAAGAUCUUUAGAGCUAAGGGGAGACCAUCAGAUAAUCCACUAAUCGUUCACGUCUGUUCACUAGAUCUCCUCAAAACAUUCUUACCACCAGAUUGGGCAUUUCCAGCCACCUACGAAGCCUUGAUCGAACGCUUUUGGCCUGGUCCUCUCACUCUUUUGGUGCCCACCACAUCGCCCGCUCAACCCACCUCUCCGAUCUCCAGCUUAGUCACCUGCGGAUUACCAACAGUGGCUGUGCGGAUGCCGGCCCACCCCAUCUCGAGAGCGCUGAUUGCUGCCAGCGGCGUUCCGAUCGCUGCACCAUCGGCCAAUCUCAGUGGCCGACCCAGUCCGACGACCGCCGAACACGUCGCAAGAGACAUGAAGACGAAGAUUUCAAUGAUACUUGAUGGGGGUCCAUGUCAGGUUGGCGUUGAGAGCACGGUGGUCGAUGGAUUGAACCCGGACGGCCGACUGAGAAUCCUCAGAUUGGGUGGAUUGAGCGUCGAAGACAUCGAAGCUUGCUUGAUUGGAGCCGGCCUUAGUCACUCUGAUGGGACGCCAAUCCUUGCCGGAGUUUACAAUCGGGAUUAUCGCGACAAGGAGUUGGAGGUCAAGCCAACAACCCCGGGAAUGAAGUACAAACACUACGCGCCCCAUGCCAAGGUGGUUAUCCUAGAUCCAGUCUCGCCACCAAGCUCAAGCUCCGAUGGACACCAAUCACUCAGCGGGGUCAGCGAGCUGGUAUCUGGAUUGUGCGGGGACGAUUCAGACAGUUCGAAAGGCUUGCGGAUUGGGCUGAUGCUCAUCGACGACAGUCAGCUCCACAAAUCAUUUAUCAGAUGUGAGAACUCGAAGACAUACGACCAUCACCAGUUUUGUUAUUCGAACCUUGGACCAGAAACCCAACCAGUUAUCAGCGCUCAACGUCUCUUUGCAGCUCUCAGGCAUCUCGACGAAGACCUGCGAGUGGAUAUCAUCUAUGUCGAGCGUCUUGCCGAAGUAGGAUUGGGCGCCACUGUCAUGGAAAGGCUCAGGAAGGCCAGCGGUCAAUCGUCUCUUGUAUCCAUCAGGGUAUCCAAUCCAUAG